UCUCGUAGCCUCACUCGGUUUCCAACUUCCCCUCUCGCCUCUCGCGAUUCCUCCCUCCUUCCCUCAACUUCAUUUUUCGACUUCCCUCUCCGACGGCCCCAAAUCGCCGUUCUCAUCCUCUGUCGCAGCCGUUAAUCUCUUCCUCCGUCGAUUUCCGAGAGUUUAACGAUGACUCAACAAUCAGGCAUGUUCACCGUUCAUCAAACUGUCGGCAGCGUUCUGUGCUGCAAAUGCGGUGUUCCCAUGGCACCAAACGCCGCCAAUAUGUGCGUGACUUGUCUCCGUUCUGAAGUCGACAUCACGGAAGGAUUGCAGAAACAGGUUCUGAUAAUCCAUUGCCCCGAGUGCGAUUGUUACUUGCAGCCACCAAAAACUUGGCUCAAAGCUCAAUGGGAAUCGAAGGAGCUCUUGACUUUCUGCGUGAAGAGGCUGAAGAAUCUGAAUAAGGUGAGGUUGGUUCACGCUGAAUUUGUUUGGACAGAGCCUCAUUCCAAGAGGAUCAAGGUUAAGCUGAGAGUUCAGAAAGAAGUUCUCAACGGUGCGGUUCUUGAGCAAGCUUACAUUGUCGAAUACACGAUAAGAGACCAGAUGUGUGACCCGUGCUCUAGAAUUCAGGCUAACCCGGAUCAAUGGAUUGCCUCGGUUCAGCUCCGUCAGCAUGUUCCUCACCGACGAACCUUCUUCUAUCUAGAACAGCUGAUACUGAAACACGAUGCAGCUUCUCGGGCCAUCAGUUGUUACUUGCAGCCACCAAAAACUUGGCUCAAAGCUCAAUUGGAAUCGAAGGAGCUCUUGACUUUCUGCGUCAAGAGGCUGAAGAAUCUGAAUAAGGUAUCCGACAGUAUCACUCUUCUCGAUCCUAUGACCUUACGGCAUACUUUCUUGGAUGCAAAACAGUAUUGGAGAUACAGGUUUAGAUCCGCACUCUCCAGCAGACAGCUUGUGAAGUAUUUUGUCUUCGAUGUGGAACCUCCAGUAGGGGAACUAACUGUCGGUGGAACAAAGUAUGCUCUGUCCUAUGCCCAGGUUGCUCGUGAAUCGGACAUCGGGAAGAUCUUCUACAUCCCAACCCAUCUAGGCCAUAUCUUGAAACCCGGUGACCAAGCUCUGGGCUAUGAUCUCUAUGCGGCCAACGUGAACGACAAUGAGCUGGAGAAGCGCGGGAUGUCUGGCUCACUUCCCGAGGUAAUUCUGAUCAAGAAGAGCUACGAGGCGCAGAGGGAAAGGAAAAAGAAUAAGCCUCGCUCAUGGAAGCUCAAGUCGCUGCCGAUGGAAACCAGUGAUCCUAGAGGCAGAGGCGAUGAAGAGAAGAUGAGCAAAGAAUACGAAGAGUUCUUGAGGGAUCUUGAGGAGAAUCCGGAACUUAGGUUUAACGUAUCCUUGUACCGAGACAAGGAUUAUCAGCCCUCUGAAACGGCUUCUAUGACCGAUGGGGAAGGCGCUCCUUCUGUCCCGAUCGAAGAGUUGCUGAUAGAUCUCAAGCUCAGCGACGAGGAAGAGGAAGAAGACGAGGAUGAGGAGGACAUGGAUGAAUAGUUUUUGUCUUCGUUUGCCCAUUACAGUUCAAGAAUCAGUUCAGUUUGGUCCCCUUAUAGUUUCCAAUCAGUUCGGCGGGAGGAGAUUCUUCGUCAGAGGAGCCACAAACUCGCCCUUGUCCAAUGGCAUCGACAAGCUCUGGAAGAUGUAAACCGCUUUCUUGAACUCGGGCUUGAUUCUUGACGACAUGAACGUGCCGAGGCUGGGCUAAACAACGUCGUGGCAGACGAAAAUCUCGCGGGCUACACGGUCCAUGUCGAGGGCGAGAGUCUUGAACGCAUGCUCAGGGAACUCCUUUGUAGCUUAAUUUAAUUGCAGUGUAAAGGUUCCUCCAUUUUUAAGAAAAUAACGAAUUCGCCCCGACUUUAUGAAAAUGUUCAAACAGAACCCUGCAGUACAGCCUGUCCAAAAUCAGAUUUAUUUGAUUUCGUGAGGAUAUUGAAUUUCAGUU